GCUGGCGCUCCGUCCUAGCCUCCUGGGCCUUCGCCUUCCGCGCCUCCUCCGUAGGCGCCUUCGCCGAAUUCCGCGCCGAAGUCGUAGACGCCGCCCUAGCCAUCCUCGCCGUCGACUUCCACGGCCUAAUUGAACGCUUCGACUUCGAAGAACGCCGCGAGUGGAUCCAGGGCGUCGUAGCCUGCGUCGUCGGUGCCCUAGGCAUCUUCAACGAACGGUGCAUCGCUUCCGGCGUAGAUGAAACGAGCACUCUCCGCGCACUCGGCGACCGCCUCUGCAACGUCAAGGCGCUCCUCUGGAGCAGCCAAAAGUUCGCCGGCCUCCUAGACACACUCUCCGAAGACGCCGCCGCAACAGCCACCGCCGACCGACGCCUGGCUCUCGACCGCGGCGGCCCGCCGCUCGAGUCGAGCGUGCCCGUAGUGUUGUUUGAGCACUACCUGAGCAACGGCAAGGAGACACCCAGCCGGCUGCGCGCAGACUUGCGCGAGUGGCGCUACCUGCUCAUGCUCGCUGUCGUCAAGGCCUUCACGUCGCUCAAGGGCCACCAAGCGAACGUGUACGCAGCAGACACGCUACUGUAUCUACAGUUCUUUGAGUCGCAAUUCCUAGUGGACUUAAUCCUCGCUUUCCAGGACCGACGGACGCCCGUGCACACACACCUUUGGAAGCUGGCCGCACUGUUGCUGGACGUAAUGGGCACCUGCGUGGGCAGCAUUCCACCUAAGAGCGCAGGCAGUCCGCCGCCGAGGAUCGGCAAGCCCGCACCCGGCGCCGUGUUCCUGGCGAGCAACGUGAGUAGCGAGAACUCGCUCUGGCAAAAGGCACUCGUCGUCUGUCUGCACCGCGCGUUCGACGAGUCCGGGAGCUACGCCGCGCCGACCAAGAACAAUCUCGCCUCAGCACUCGUGGAAAUUGGGAUCCGAGCCGUCUACGCCUGCGUCACGCGGGAAGGCGCUAUCCUCGCAUUGCCCAAGGCCUUCGUCGGCGAUGAUGCCUCACCGUGGGGCCUCUGGAUGGCCGGCGCCGGUCGAGACUCGCUGCUCUACCUCUGUCCCGUCGGCUCCGGCUGGAGCAAAAAGCUCUGCCGCAACGAACGCGAGUUUUUGUGGACCAGCAAACCCGAGUACGUCCCCGACGUGAGCAUCACGGCGCCAGGACCCGGUCCGGGCAACGCAACGCUUAACACCAACGGACGGCCCGCGACGAAGAACCGCGCCGACUGCCGACCCAAUCGACACCCACUCAUCGUCGACUUCAUUCGAUGGGCGGCGCUCCAUCUCGAAAGCCCUGUCACCAGCCGUUUCAUCGUACCCAUCAUUUGUGCCCUUGCCGCCAUGGAGCCUGAAGACUUCAGCAAAGUGCUCUGUCAGAGUGAAGGCGACGCCAUCACUCUCAGCUACCUCAUCGCGGACCUCCUCGUACUGCCCAAGACUCGUAGACAUGUCCGGGGUCGAAAUGGAUCCGGGGCUAAGGAGACGGGUCUGCAGGACACGAGAACCCUCGUUGCGCCGUUCCGUCCCAGCUAUGGCACCGACAUUUGGCUCUUCGAACAGGUCUUGCUGGAAACGAUGGUCCCCUAUGGGCUUCAUGCUGCAAGACUUGUUGACAUCGACGCGCCUUCGCACCUCGAUACCUGCGAGACCUUUGCCACCGUCAGUAGCGCGCUCCAAACCUCCCAAACAGACUCGGACUCUUUGUGGGCGGACAAGACUCCCUUCGUGAUUGAAGCGACGCCGUCCUGCAAGCAUCCUUCCGCCUUUCCGGUCCGCUUCGUCCCGCCGUCCGUCAGUGUGAUUACAGAGUUCUCUCUCGCGCCGCAGGUCACUCCCAGGCAACGACUUCUAGACAUGCUGCUUGCAUGCAUCCAUGCUAUUCAAGGCGGCGCCACAUUCCAGAAAUAUCCUUGGCUCCCUCAUCCAGUUGAAAUAAUGCUUGGACUGCGCUCUCUAUCAGUUUGUUUGUCCAAACGAUAUCUAUUCUCGCCGGUCAAGAGUGAAGUUCUGGAGGCCUUGCGGUCAAUUGCGGAGGAAGAUGUUCUCGCCUACUGCUCCUCUGGAAACAGUAUCAGCGUGGACGAGAUGAAACAUACAAUUGAACCGUUUGUGAGGCAGUCACUUCAAGCCGCAGAAUUAUUGGCCUGCUGCCUAUCUCAUAAGACUUUAGCGCCACCUGGUUCACCUCCGGCUGCGGAAUUUCCUCUUCGCACACGUGUGUGCAACUUAGUUCGAGCGCGCUUAGAUAUUGACCAAGAGCCUUUAGCUCGACCGUGGCUGGAAACCGUGGACCCUUUAUGUCGCCCGGUGGUUGCUAAGUGGUUGGUGGGCCAGGCGCGGCUGGCGGUCGCCGAAAUCGACGCUCUCGUGACGGGAGAUGCGAAUAUCUGCGCAGAAUGCCCCACUGCUACAUCCUGCGUUCAAGUGGGGGAUGAUGACAUCGACCUUAUGCGGCGUCUCGUUGGCGUCGUCCGGUUUUGCAGGCACCUGGCGGCCACGGAUGAAAACGGGCAAAUUCGAGUUAUUGCUAAAGUCGAUCGGUCAUAUCGACUUCUAGCCGACUCGGCAGAGCCGGGCUGGCUAGUGACUUACCAAAACAUGUUUGGUUAUCUUGUUCUCCAAAUUCUCUUGGCCCAAAUGUCCCCCAUAACGACGUGUCUAACGAAAGGAACCGUGCUGGCCAAUUUUGCCUCGCGUCACUCUCUGCCCUUAGCGCGAAGCUUAUCAAACCAGCUGUACAGUAUCAAAUCAAGUACGUCUAGUAACAUGGAAUUUGUGUCCAUGGCGUGUGUUAGGCUUGGUUUAUUCUCGGGAGUUCAAUUGUACAGAUUCACAGCCAUACUGCGAGAACUCAUUUUGCAACCGGAGGUGAUGCCUGAGAAUGUCCUGACCACUCGCGAAGAAGCACAAGACCUGCUGGAUACUUUAAGCAACGCCCAUCGACUGCUUACAUCCGUUGUCCACAAUGCAGACCUGACGGCUAAGUGGGAUUACAUACGGUUGACCGAGAACGCUCUUUCAGCCGUGCUGGAGCGUGUGGCAGUGCUUGUUGUUGAGGUCGAUAAAGAGUUUCUAUUGCGGCAACUCAGCGAAGGAGCCUGA